AUGACCGUCCCCGUAGACGGCGAUAUUGGAGAUGAAGUACACACGGUCGACCAGGCACUGACAUUCACAAGCGGAGUGGGCAAAGCAAUCAUUGCAGGCAAGGAGCAGGAUGUCAAGGCUGGAGACUUGAUGGUCGUGCCUGCAGGCACGCAGCAUCAAUUCGUGAACACGGGCCCAACGCCAUUGAUCCUCUACACAAUCUACUCGCCGGCCGAGCACUCGCCGCAAAGCGUACACAAGACGAAGGAGGAAGGUGACGACGAGGAGGAUAAGGGUAUCGAUGAGGCGCCGGACUGGGCGAGGAAAAGCCAGGCGGAAAAUGAGAAGGCUGGGUUGGUGAGAACGGAUGGGAAAUAUUAG